AUAAGAGGCAUGUAUUGAGUGGUGUCUGUGAAGUAGUGCUCGCGUUUGCAUUGCCUGUAGUCUCGCAUCUCAUAUGUUUGGUUUGGUUUUGUCUAACACUUUAACAUUCAUUUGGCAUUAAAACAAAAACCACACUUCAAUUGUAUACUUGUGUGCCAUUGAGUGUACGGUUUCGCCACAUCAUUGUCUCCAUACGACUCGAGUAGUGUCCUUACGAUUUGAGGGAUCCGUUGAAGUGAUGCAAAGUCAGCAAAACGGCGCCAAUGGAUGCCAUCUGAACGGCAACUCCAACGGCAUUCACGCCAAGAAUCACAGCAAAGCGUGUGUAGUAUUGGGCGCCCAAUGGGGUGAUGAGGGGAAGGGCAAAGUGGUUGACCUCCUGGCCAUCGAUUCCCAUAUUGUCUGCAGAUGUCAGGGAGGCAAUAACGCGGGUCACACAGUGGUGGUCGGGAACACUGAGUUUGACUUUCAUCUGUUGCCGAGCGGUAUAAUCAACAACAACUGUACGGCAGUGGUUGGCAAUGGAGUUGUCAUUCAUUUGUCGCAAUUCUUUGACGAGAUCCGCAAGAAUGAGGGCAAAGGUCUGUCAAAUUGGAAGAAACGGCUCCUCGUCUCAGACAGGGCUCACUUAGAUCCCUAUACGAUGUUCGGCGCGACGAGUCAACGACUGGCCACUUCAGGUUCGGGUCAAAUCCAAUUGUGGCAAUUCCUGCUGGAACUGCUCUCAGAGAGCAAUAACGCCAACUGUAUUACAUGGGAGGGCACUAACGGUGAAUUCAAAUUAACAGAUCCGGAUGAAGUCGCGCGAAGAUGGGGUGAGAGGAAGAGUAAGCCAAACAUGAACUACGAUAAGCUGAGUCGAGCGCUCCGCUAUUACUACGAUAAGAACAUAAUGACCAAGGUGCAUGGCAAACGAUACGCCUAUAAAUUUGAUUUUCAGGGUUUAGCGCAGGCAACGCAACCCACGGCUGCCGACCCCUCGGCUUACAAAGCGGCCUAUCAAUCGGCCGACCUAUUCAUGCAUCCGCCGCACGGUUACCACCAUCCGGGCUCAUCCGCCGCCAAACAUCUCAACUUCGCGGCCGCCGUCCACAGCGCCGGCAUCUCUCCGUCAACGCCGGGCAGUAUAUUUCCGUCGGCGUCGUCCUACUGGACGAGUCCGGGCGCUGCGGCCAAUCUGUACUCCAACAUAGCGGCCGCGUCGGCCACCCAUCACUCGAUGCCACACCAUCACCACCCGAGUCAUGUCACCUCUCAUAUUGGCUCAUAUGCUCAUUACGCGUGACAAUGAAUACCAAUCCAUUUCUCCCGCAAAACACACAACAAAACACUUUUCCUAAUAUUAUUGCGAAACUAUAACUCAAUAAUAAACAUGAAAGGUAUGCGCCGUAAGAAUCAGCGGUUGAUUAGGUUUUCAUACAAAUUGUAAGCUUUUUAUCCUACAAUUGAUAUGAAAAUCAUAAAACUUCUGUCUCUUUCACACACGAAGAAC